ACCAAGGCGGAGGCGGACGCGCGUUCUUCGUUCGCUCGGAUUCGGACUGACCACCGACGUUCCCCUUUUCUCUUCUCCGAUUUCUGGUUGUUUUCCGUGAUCUCGUUUAGCAUCUCCGCGGAUAGACAUGGCGGCGCCGUGGAGGACCUUCCUGAAUUGCGUCCUAAGGCAGACGUCCUCUCCCAGGCCUUCGAGGAAUGUAAAGAAUUACUAUACGUAUUCCCACGAGCCUUUCCACCCCCUCAAACGGCAGCCUGUAUGGCAGACAGCACAGGAGGCAGUGUCAGUCAUCAAAUCAGAUGACGUGGUGUUCGUGCACGGGGCGGCAGCGACUCCUCUUAAACUGGUGGCUGCCAUGACGGAGCACGGGAAGGCCUCCCAGAUCUCGAACGUCCGCGUCUGCCACAUCCACACAGAGGGCCCGGCAGAUUACACGAAGCCUGACUGCGAGGGGAUCUUCCGGAGUAACUCGUUCUUCAUCGGGUCGAACUGCCGGGAAGCCGUCAACGAUGGCCGGGCCGACUGCGUGCCGAUCUUCCUCUCUGAGAUUCCGCUGCUCUUCCACCGAAGAAUCAUUAACAUUGACGUCGCUCUCGUCCAGGUGUCUCCCCCAGACAAACACGGCUUCUGUUCCCUGGGCACGAGCGUCGAUUGCGCCCGGGCAGCUGUCAUCAACGCGAAGUAUAUUAUUGGGCAGGUCAACCCAUGUAUGCCGCGGACCUUCGGCGACGGCGUAAUCCAUAAGAGCCAUUUUGAUGCGAUGGUGGAUGGGAUCGACAACCUUCCGGAGCACAAGCCCAAGCAGCGGACCGAAGUUGAAAAUGAGAUCGGUCGCCUCAUCGCCGAGAACCUGGUGGACAACGGAGCCACGCUGCAGAUGGGCAUCGGCAACAUCCCUGACGCGGUGCUGGCCUCCCUCAAGGGCCACAAGGACUUGGGCAUCCACUCGGAGAUGUUCAGCGACGGCGUGGUGGAUCUGGUGGAGGCCGGCUGCAUCACCAACACCCACAAGAAGUACCACCCGGGCAAAAUCGUCGGCAGUUUCAUCGUCGGGACGCGGCGGCUCUUCGAUUUCGUGGACAACAAUCCCUUCGUCAUGAUGUGCGACGUGUCCUUCGUGAACAACAUCCCCAUCAUCGCGCAGAACCCGAAGGUGACGGCCAUCAACUCCUGCAUCGAAGUGGACCUGACGGGCCAGGUCGUGUCCGAUUCCAUAGGUACCCGGAUGUACUCAGGUGUGGGCGGCCAGGUGGACUUCAUAAGAGGCGCAGCCGUCGGGCGGGAUGGGCAGGGUAAGCCGAUCCUCGCCAUGCCCUCCACCACCUCGAGGGGGGAGUCCAAGAUCGUGCCAUUCCUUAAGCAAGGUGGAGGCGUGGUAACGACGCGAGCUCACCUGCACUACCUGGUGACCGAGUGGGGCAUCGCGUACCUCUUCGGGAAGAACCUGAGACAGAGAGCCUACGCACUCAUUCAGAUUUCCCAUCCCGACCACAGAGAGGCUCUCGAGAAGGCGUCUUUCGAAAGGCUGAAGUGCAUGCCGUCGCCUGAGUAGAAGGGGUAGAAGGAGGUCGUCUUAGGGUGGUGUGAGAGGGGGUCGUGUUUGUGCUAAGGGUUAGGGGAUAAGCAUAAUGUAAGGGGUUAUCCAGGGAUGAAUAUUUAUAGAAGAUUACACGCAGGCUGAGUCACAGAGACAGACGCAGGUGCAGACGUAGACACACAUGAAAAUGACACAUACGCACACGAGCACAGAAACACAAAGUCACAGACACAAACACAUUUAUUUAUAUAUAGAUUAUAACAUAUUCUUUAUUUAUGAUAUACCAUGAGCGUGAAUUCUAGUCUCCAGACGUAAUUCUAACAGAAACGGUACCGAUUCCUGCAAUGCAGUUUUCAGCAUAAUGAAAACAGUCCGUAGAAUUAAAUACAGUAUUCUCGUUACGUACAGAUGCAAUACAAAGGUGAAAGUAUAUCUCUAUCUCUGUUCUGUAUUAGUGGUCCUCGGCGGCUUUUACUUGAACCACAGUAAGAAAUUUGAAGAAACAAAUAGAAGAUAUGAAGUAAUUUGAAGUAUAUUUCUUGUUAUGGAGUGAACCUUCAGAUACUCAUUUCGAUACUGAGAAAUAAGUGUUUAUGAUGUUAAUCGAUAGUCAAUUUCCGCGAUAGGUCUCUGUCAAAAAUCGGAUUUUUUGUUUUCUUCAUUUAGAGGAAAAAAUUAUAUUUGGAUGUUCAUUAAUGUAUAAUUAGUUCCUUGUACUGGGCGGUGUAAUGAUGGCCAUUAGUUUAUAAUAUCAGGAAUGGUCCAAUUGUUAACUAAAACUAUGUGAAAACUCUUACUGGUUACACGGAAAUAUGUUCUAUCGAUUACUCUGCCAUCUAUCGGUGGGUGAUUUGCCACUCGACCAUAUCCAAUCCGGAACCAACUACCUGUGUUAUGUAGCAUUAAUUAUGUUUUAUUUCGAUUUUCAUAAAUGAUUUACAAGAAUCUUUGAUCGCCAAGGAAGGAAAUCAGUUAAGAAUUUUCUAAAAUCCUGGUUAAUGUUUAUAUUUUUUGUGUAAGGUUAAUAUUAAUUUCCUUUUGAUACCGAAAUAAGUUCUUGCUCACCCUUCUGUUGUCCAGUAGUCUUCCCAUAGAUAUUUAUUUUGUAGAUGAAAUCAAAAUGUAUUUUAGAAUAACCAUCUAUUCUGAAUUGUGAAUGUGACGUAUGGAAGCACGUGAACUAUUUGCAAGUGCUUUCUUUGUUUUACCUCAUUAUCUCUGUUUUUGAUUGCCUUAUUUUGCUGUUUUAAUUUUUUUGCAAGCCUUGUCAACUAAAUGCAUCUAGUUGCAGUAAUGAGCAACAAAGGCUGUGAUUUUUUUUUCGUAAUUGCAUCUGAUCAAGGGUGAUAUCUUGGUUGAUGCUGCUCGCUUGUCAACUUUCGCAAGUUGUUAUACUGAUAACUUAUGAAUUUUAUAUAUAAAUCAUAUAUGCCCAAGCACAUUGCCCGAGCAUAUUUGAAUGAAUGGUUGAAAACUA